AUGACCGGCAAAACCCAAACGAGCAACGUGACCAACAAGAAUGACCCCCGCUCGCUCAACUCUCGCGUCUUCAUCGGCAACCUCAACACGGCCAUCGUCAAGAAGACGGACAUUGAGGCGCUCUUCGCCAAGUACGGCAAGAUCGCCGGCUGCUCCGUGCACAAGGGCUACGCCUUCGUGCAGUACGUCAACGAGCGCAACGCCCGCGCCGCCGUGGCCGGCGAGUACGCGCGCGUCAUCGCCGGACAGCCUCUCGACAUCAACAUGGCCGGCGAGCCCAAACCGUACCGACCAAAAGCCGUCUCCAAGAGGCCUCUCUCGGCCGUCUACGGCAGCUACGAGUUUGACUACGAGUACUACAGAGAUGACUUUUACACCCGGCUUUUGGACUACCACGGGCGAGUGGCUCCGCCCCCACGUGCCGUCAUCCCCCUGAAGCGUUCGCGCGUGCUAGCGGCGUCCUCGCGCCGCGUCAAGGCCUCCUUCCCCGUCAAGACGUCCUCUUCGUCAUCGUCCACGUCCUCCAGACCUCCUACUUCGUCCUCCUCCUUGAAGACGGAGCAGCUGCAGACCAUCAAACGCGAGCUGACUCAGAUCAAAAGCAAGAUCGACGCCCUGCUGCUCCGUCUUGACAAAAUCGAGAGCGCGCAGCAGCGAGACGAGUCUGACGCUCAACGGAAUUACGAGGACGAGUCUGAUGCGGCGGAAAACUCUGGCGAGGAUUGUGGAGGCGGCGCGCCCACGGACGCCGAGGCCGGCGAGAUGAGCGACGGCGGCGACUACGAAGACGAAGAGGAGGAGGAAGGCGCUCAUCAUCUGAUAGAAAACCACGUUUCCGACAUCGACAACUGA